ACCCGGAAACACUUAAUGUGAUGCAGGUGUCGUACAUCCUGAUCAUUUGACAACAUUCACCGUCUUUUCUUACAGAAAACAAGCAUGUAAUUCACAUUUACACAGCGUGUAUUUUUUACAUUCUGGAGCAGAGUAAUUCGUGUCUUCUUCAGACUGUUUUUUCAGGGACAUUACGGUAAAAAGGAGGAAGAAGAAGCCGCUGAUUUUGCUGAUGGACUUCUUAUCGUGCGUUUCGCUUGUGCUAUCGUGUCGCAAUUUUGCUUCGUCUUUAAAAAUCAUUCUGGACAUGUAGCUAUAAUAGUGUUGUCUAUUCAGGACCUCCGGUUUUUUUCACCCCUAAAAGUGUGUUUUAUGCCCAGAGAAGGGACUGAGAUUGCCACCCUGCAGGCCAAACUGGGUGUUUGUUUUUCCUCCUCGAAACAUUAGCAGGGUUUGGGUUCAGUUUGCUCAUAAAUCAGCGUAAAACCUUCAUUUAAGAGUCAGCCAAAUCAUCUUCAAACGCUAAAAUGAGUUUCUUUAGUUUCGGACAAAGUGCAGACAUUGAUGUUGUCUUAAAUGACGCUGAAACGAGGAAGAAGGCUGAGCACAAAACUGAGGAUGGGAAGAAAGACAAAUACUUUCUUUUCUAUGAUGGAGAGACAGUCAGUGGGAAGGUGAAUGUCACACUGAAGAACCCAGGAAAGAGGCUGGAGCACCAGGGCAUCAAGAUCGAGUUUGUGGGACAAAUAGGUGGGUCAAGACCUCACUCAUGUCUGCCAUGUCUGUCUUGUUCCUAUUAAAAGAAUAGAAAGAUAUCAGAAAGGUUGAUGUAAGGAGCUGAACUCAAAUUAUUGUGUUUGGAUUAAUACCCAAACCAUAGAGCACAAAUCUGGGUUGUGGAACAAUUAUAUCUGGCCCACAAGAUCAUAUCAUAUUUGUAUUAUUAUUGGCCCACCAGUAUGAAGUCUGCAGAUUUCUUCCAGUAUAAUUAUGUAAACAUUAGCACUAUUAUUUAAAACCUCCUUUAUAAGCCACAAAAAUCAGGGAAAUUAAAGAGUAAGAAAGAUUUGAUAGAUAGUCAAGAAUGUGGGGGGAAAAAUAUUUUAAUGUUUUAUUUUAUGUUUUCAAUUUCGCAUUUCAAGAUUACAAGUCAAACAUGAUUGUUUUUUUUUAUUUCAUGCUUUGAUUUUGUUCAACUCAGUAUUUAGACGUGUGUCAUUUUUAUACUUCAGAUUCCAAUUUUAAAUUUUAAGUCAUAUUUUGACCUUUUAAACCUGAUUUCAACAUUCACCUUCAUUUAUUUGCUCUUUAAAAGCAUUAUUAUUCUAAUUUUAAUAUCAUGCUCUGAUCUUUUGAACUAAUAAAUAAAAUAGAAUAAAUAGUUUAAAAUUUCUACCUCAGAUUGCCUUAAAACAUAUCUUUUUUAUAUUUUUUGCUGAAUUCAAAAGACACGUUUCUUGUUAAAGACAGUUUAUCCAGUUUAAGAUUUCCAUUUUUACUGAAGUGGCACACUCAGUCCUCAAACAAGAGUCACGCUGCUUCUGUUUAUUCCCAGAAUCCUGCAAGAAUUUUACAUUAUGUCUUUCCAGGGAGCUGAAACUUAGAGUCGCUUUGAGUUUAGUGCCCUUUUUUGUAGAAGUACAAGCAAAGUAUCCACAUGUUACUUUAGAUAAUUUGAUAAUAGACAUGAAAGUAGCAUCAAAUCCUGCAAGAAACUAUGAAAGUACAUUUUUUCUUUUAAAUAAAUGUAGUUUGCAGAGACUAAGCGAGGAGACUUGUCAUUUGAUAGUGUCUUUGAGUGCACAUCUUAAAUUCUCUUUCCAAUUUUCUUUCUUGUUGUACUAAAAUCCAAUAAUCUAGGUGAUGCUCUAGGUGUUAAACUAAUUUGUUGAUGAUGCUUUACACACAAACCCCAGUGGAGCAAAUAGAUGUUUUUAACAGUUGCCGAGGUGGUUCUUUCUUUUUCAUUCAAGAGCUAUCGCUGUCACAUUUAAUCUCACAUUCAGAUGUUGUAAUAAACGUACAAAACUACAGUUCUGCUUUCUGUUCAGUUUGAGUUAGGCGCUGCUUAAAGGUGUGACAAUAACAGCGAAUAAAGUACUCUCUGGAUAGUUAAUAUACAAGUACAGGAGAAGCUCAUCCAUCCCUCCAUACCAUUGAAGCAAUGACUCAAGAACCAAAGUUAUUAACUCAACCAUUAUUGUAUCAGUUUUCUUAUUUGUAUUGCUUUGUUGAUGGUAUCUUUUUUUCUCCUCUCUUUUUGAAACAACAGAGCUGUAUUACGACAGAGGAAACCAUCAUGAGUUUGUAUCCCUGGUGAAAGAUCUCGCAAGACCAGGUGAAAUGACUCAGUCGCAGACCUUCGACUUUGAGUUCACCCAUGUUGAAAAACCCUAUGAGUCCUACACGGGUCAGAAUGUGAAGCUAAGGUGAGUUUGAUCAUUCACCUCCCUUUAGAGACAGCAGGUGUUACACGGUUACAUUUUAACGGCUCUUUAAGUACCUGCUGUAGCCUAUAUUUAACUUUUAGUCUGUAUUUCAUAUGAUGGUUUUUACGAUUAACAAACACCUCUUAUGUGAUUGUUUUGUCUCUGUAGAUAUUUCCUCCGCGCCACAGUGAUCAGAAGACUGAAUGAUAUCAGUAAAGAGAUGGACAUUGUGGUCCACACACUGAGCACCUACCCUGAGCUCAACUCCUCCAUCAAAAUGGAAGUAGGAAUAGAGGAUUGCCUCCAUAUCGAGUUUGAGUACAACAAAUCCAAGUACGUGACAAACCAGUUCAUUCAUCUGUACAUUUUCUGUUAAUUUACUGCUUUUAAUGUCAAGCUAGAAAAACGUGUUAGGUGAGACUUUGAAGUGAGGUCUGAGGUUUACUUGUUUUCCUCGACCAGUCUGGAAAAAUGUCUGGAGAAGUGUGAGUGCCUUUGUGUGUAAGAAAGUAAGUAAGUCUGAAUGUAAAAAGCACAUUUAAUCCCUGGAAUGCUGUAUGAAUACGCAACCACAGAAGUAUUAUUCCUGAAAACCUAAAGAUAGAAUAGGGGACAUGAGUAAGCUCAAUUAAAACAGAUGCACAUAUCAUUCAUUUGUUUAGAAAAUAAAGGGAAAAAACAGUCUUGUAGCAGUUGUUGAAAACAGUUUUUCAAAGUGUCGUCUUCCAACAUUUUGUUUUUGUACAAAGUUAAGUUUAUGUGGCAACAGGAGCUACAAGAAACUGGAAAAUAUUCACAUUUAAAGCUCCUGUGAGGAGUUUUUUUGCAUUUAUGUAACAGGCUGGAAUUCAUAUUGAUGCCAUUUUAUGAUGCACAAGGGCAAACAAGACCCCUAUGUUUGACUUUUAUACUUUAAUUUUUAAUGCCUGGAACUGUUGAGGAGGGGUAGGCAUCAGUGGAGUUUGAAGAAACAAUUCCCUUUCUUACAUUUUCCAAACUGAAUAUUCACAUUAAUUAUUUCACUAUCAAAAGUCUAUUGGGUUAGAUACAGCAUUUUUGUGUACAGACUGCUUUGUCAUCAGGGGGAGGGCCAAAAUUUACACCAACUUUAAGAAGCUCAGAUCUGUAUUUUUUGUUAUUGGUGUAAAUAUUGUAAUUUUUUAAGCAGCACCUGAUCUUAGUGCUCAUUUUCAUUCUUUGCUUUUGUCAUAACUUUCCUCUGACAGGUACCAUCUGAAAGACGUCAUCGUGGGAAAAAUCUAUUUCCUUCUGGUAAGGAUUAAGAUCAAGCACAUGGAAAUCGACAUCAUCAAACGUGAGACAACAGGCACUGGCCCGAGCGUGUACCACGAAAAUGACACCAUCGCCAAGUACGAGAUCAUGGAUGGAGCUCCAGUCAGAGGUUAGCUCACUUAUUCGUGUUUUCAGUCAGUUGAUAUAUCACAGCUGAUAUAAUGCAACCGGUCACAUCGCUCUUCAUCUUUCAGGAGAGUCCAUUCCCAUCCGGUUAUUCCUGGCUGGUUAUGAUCUGACUCCCACCAUGAGAGACAUCAACAAGAAGUUCUCGGUGCGCUACUACCUGAACCUGGUGCUGAUCGACGAGGAGGAGAGGCGCUAUUUCAAACAGCAGGUAACUGAUACAAAUGAAGGUCGAGACAGAAAAUAUGAAAGCUAUAGUAGCCUCUAGUAGCACUAAGUUUGCUAAGUUUCUAGUGUUUGCAUGUAAAAGACUGUAGUAGAAAUGUCAGGGAACACUGUGUUACAUACUAAUUGUUGUAGCUUCAACGCAAAUCAUUGAUUAAAUAUCUCCUUCACCUCUCCACCCAGGAAAUCACACUGUGGAGGAAAGGGGACGUGGUGAGGAAGAGCAUGUCUCAUCAGGCCGCCAUCGCCUCUCAGAGGUUCGAGGGCUCGGCCGCAUCAGAGAGCGCGCUGGAGCAGGCGGCGAAGGAGGAGAGCGGGUAGAAUCAACUCCCCCCACCCCACCCCCCGCCCUGCCCCGCAGUCUCUCCUCCCACCAGACUCUUCAUCGGCGUCUGUGUUGAAGGGAAAACCUGUCGACUGUGCAACAUCUGGGGAAGCAGCUGUGUUUAUUCGCAGCCGCUGCUCUUAAAGGGAGGAAGAAGGGAGGCUCACAUACAGCACUGCAUUAUGGGAACAAUGAAACAGUUUGCAUGAGGCGUUCAGCGUGGCUUCAGGCUGCUGGUCCUGCCCUUCCCCGUUAAUGCUUUUCCUUUUCUCGUUUUCUUUUUUUACAGGAAUCAAACUAAUCACCUGUCGCCAUCUUCACUGUGUAAAACUUUUCAUGUGAUAUUCUUACAUUUUUAAGCUCUAUCUUCGUUCCAGUCUAUUAAUACUAUUAUGGGAUCAUUUCUAAUCUUCUAAUUAACACAACUGGAUCAUUAUUCAUCACUAUUUAACUUCAACAUUCCACCCUAAAAUAAAGCAUUCCUAACACUGUAAUAAGGUCAAUAAAUUUGAGAUAACUUUGCACUGCUACUACCAUAAUAAACACAUUUUCCUCUUUGUCUGUUUGCACAAAAUGUAAUUGAAACGGAAAAAUUCUGUCCUUUAUUUGAGCGAGAAAACCGAAGUAUUAUCCAUUUUUUUAAUCUGUAAAUAAGACCGGCUAAAACCUUUAAUCCUGCUCCCCGGUCCAGCUCGUGUACAUUGAUUAUCCAGCACACGGUGCCACAGAAAAUGUCCUCCAUGUUCAUACGCUUUACCUCAGCAUUCCAGUGGUGUUAGGGAAAAAAAGGUCUGAUAGUGUGAAGUCUUCUGUAUCCUCUCUAUUAGGGACUCCAGAGUUGUGCCUAAGUGUAUCAAGCAAAUGAAAUCUUCCUGCCUCUAACAUUAUUUUAGUCUUUUAACCAGAGAAAUAGUUACUGUAGAACUGUCUAUCUUUUGCAAAAUGCUAAUCGAAUUUUCCUUGUCCCUAAAAGUUGAAUAAAUUGAUGCCAAAUGAAAAAAAAAAAA